AAGAGCUGAGCUGGGGAGUCACCCCGGGCCCGGGGUCACCGUGGGCCCCAUGUGGCACCCUGGUUCCCCUGCCUGUAGGUGGGAGGAGCCAGUCUGUCCAGGUGUGCUCCCUCCCCAGGCCCCAGGAAGGCGGGUACAGGGGCCAGCAGCUGCACCCACCCCACCCUCCUUCCCACCCACAUGCCGAAGGGUGGCCAGGCAGGCAGGUGGGCGAGUCCAGGCGGCGGCUGAGUCAGUGUGUGAGGAAUGUUCUGGCCGCUCCCAGCUGCACCCUGCCCCUACCUGCCCCCACCUCACCUUUGUCCCCAGGCGCUGUGGCCCUGAGCCCCUGCCAGGAAUGCACCUUUAGCUGAGGCCUGCUCAGUGAGCUCCCCCAACAGCCAGCCCUGCUCCUCGCCCCACGACCCUGCAGACCCCUCUGGGCUUCCAUGUUCCUGGGGGCUGCAGUGAGCAUGCUCCACCUGCAUGGCUGGAAACCAUAGUGGGCCCCAGCUGUGGUGGGUCCUGGGGUAGGGGCAAGGAAGUGAUGGGACCGCAGAGAUGAGACCCCCAGGGAUGAGAUGGGACUCCCCAGGCAGGGCCCAGGGUCCAGGACCCGGGAGAGAGAAGCAGGGAGGGAGAGGGCUUCCUGGUGGAGGAGGCAUCCUACAGUGGGGGCAAGGGUGCUCUGAGGGCCGGUGAAGGCAGGGACUAGGCUGCCCAGGCCCUGCCUGCUUGGCUGGGGCUGGGGGCUGUGGGGAGGUGGCCAGGAGGCUGGGCCUGGGCAGCUAAACUGGAGCUUUGGCCAGGGUCCAGAGCCUCCCUCCCUCCAGCUUCCUGCCGUGCAGAACCCUCGCCCCUGGCCACCCUAGGCUGCUUCCUUGCCCAGGCAGACCCAGCACUGGUUGCUGCCAGACAGAUGGGGUACCGGGCAGCGGCUGGAGGGGCCGCCCUCCCAGCUGACCCAGCCUCCUGGGCCGCUUCCUCCAAACCAGCAGGGUGGGAAGAUGCGGCACCCACCAGACUCUCCCAGUGCCCUGGCCCCAGCUGGCACCACAGCUAUACCUGGGCUUAUUCCAGACCUCAUCGCCGGGACCCCCUGUGAGUUGUGGGACUCCCAAGAGGGGUGUGGGGAUAACCCAGCCAAGCGGGGGCUGCAGCUGUCCAUAGAUGCACUCAGCCCGGCCUCUACCCCAGGGCCCCGCUGGGCUCUCAUUGCAGGCGCCCUUGCCGCGGGCGUCCUCGUCGUCUCCUGCCUCGUCUGUGCCGCCUGCUGCUGCUGCCGCCGCCACAGGAAGAAGCCCAGGGACAAGGAGGCGGUGGGUUUGGGCAGUGCCCGUGGCACCACCACCACCCAUCUGGUGCAGCCUGAUGUGGAUAGCCUGGAGUCCAGUCCGGGGGGCGCUCAGCAAUGGGGGCGCCUGCAGCUGUCCCUGGAGUACGACUUUGGAAGCCAGGAGAUCAGGGUGGGCCUGAGGCAGGCAGCCAACCUGAGGCCCGGGGGAACUGUGGACCCCUAUGCGCGGGUCAGCGUCUCCACCCAGUCCGGGCACAGACACGAGACAAAGGUGCACCGAGGCACAUUCUGCCCUGUGUUUGACGAGACCUGCUGCUUCCACGUGAGUCGGGGAUGGUCGGCUGGGUGGGCCUGGACAGCUGAGUGGGCCUGGGCUGGGGCAGCAGGGCCUGGCUCACGCUGCUGCCUCAGAUCCCGCAGGCGGAGCUGCCAGGGACCACCCUGCAGGUGCAGCUUUUCAACUUCAAGCGCUUCUCAGGGCAUGAGCCCCUGGGUGAGCUCCGCCUGCCACUGGGCACCGUGGAUCUACAGCACGUUCUGGAGCACUGGUACCCGCUGGGUCCGCCGGCUGCCGCUGAGCUCAGGCCGGCUGACCGUGGUGGUGCUGGAGGCUCGAGGCCUGCGUCCGGGACUGGCAGGUGAGGGUCACACCUGCCCAUGCUGGUGUACAGAGCGGGGGCCUGUGCUCGGCCCUGAGCCCUGGGAUGCCCCUUCGGCACCUCUUACCCUCCCAGAGCCCUACGUGAAGGUCCAGCUUAUGCUGAACCAGAGGAAGUGGAAGAAGAGAAAGACAGCCACCAGAAAGGGCACGGCUGCCCCCUACUUCAACGAGGCCUUCACCUUCCUGGUGCCCUUCAGUCAGGUCCAGAAUGUGGACCUGGUGCUGGCCGUCUGGGACCGCGGCCUGCCGCUCCGGGCUGAGCCCGUGGGCAAGGUGCACCUGGGUGCCCGGGCCUCGGGGCAGCCCCUGCAACACUGGGCAGACAUGCUGGCCCACGCCCGGCGGCCCAUUGCCCAGUGGCACCCCCUGCAGCCAGCCAGGGAGGUGGACCGCGUGCUGGCCCUGCAGCCCCGCCUGCGCCUGCACCUGCCCUUGCCCCACUCCUGAACGCAUCGCGUGCCUCAGUCUCCCCGCUGAGCCCAGGCACUUGCCCAGGCCGCCCUGCAGGACCACUGCAAUAAACGCCUUCUCCUGCCA